AUGGACUCAUUUGAAGAAUUUAGAUUUAAACAUGGCUCAUUAAUUGGUGGGGGAAGGAAAGGUUUUAUGUGCCUUUCAUUACGUCUAGCAAAUAUUCUCCAAGCCUUAGCAAAUUUAUUUUUUGGAGUCGGAUAUCUCUUUACUUUCUUCCUAUUUCCAUGGUCUAAGUUAUUAAAUAUCUUUAAUGGAGCUUCAAUUACCUUGGAAUUUGAUCCCGAAUUGUCGUUUGUUGACUAUGUUAAUUUCAAAAUUGCUACUCUUUUAUAUUCCUUCAAUAAUAUACAAACUGGAAGCUAUAUUAGUGAAAUGGAAACUUUAGUCAGAGAUAAAAUAGUGAUUAUACUUGCAUCGUGUUUAGUGAUGUUUUCAUUUGCUACUUUUCUGUUUACUUUCUUUGGUGUACUAACUCACUCACAACAUUUAUUGCGUCUUUCAAUAUUUAGCUCUUUGGGAAUAUGUAUUACUCAAUUUAUAGGUUUAUUUUAUUUCCCUAAUUUGUCUAUUAAGCUUGGUUUUGGGCCAUUCAAAACUGAGGUCUUAUUAUUAUUAUCUAUUUUUUUACUAAUAUAUUUUGCGUGGUCGAUUCAUUUACUUUAUUCUUUGUACAAAGUUAUAAAAGCAGGUGGUACAGGUAGUGAAUAUCUGUCUUAUAGAGAAAUAAUAGAUAAAAGGAAUUUCUUGAGAUGGAGGUCCUGGAAAGAAAGAGAACUUGAAAGAGGGGUUGUAUAUGGGAGAAAUGUUAAUACUACAGCAGAACAUGAUAGAUUUCCCUUACUAAAGAAAUGA